AAGGUGCUCGGUGGGCUAGAGAGGCUCUCGGGCCUCUCUGCUCCGCCAGCAGCGCUUCUCGCUCCAACAGAAGGUUCUGGAAGCUUGGGAGCAGCGAGCUGGCUUCAAGGACUUACCGAUCUGUUUGUGAUACCAUUAGAAAACGGAUUGAUCCAAAGACAGAUGGCUGAAAGUGCUGAAAAAGAAAAUAUAAAAUGGACAACCACCAUCAUUAUUAGUUCAUCUCUUAAGAGUUGUGAAAUUGCAACUGCCCUGGAAAACCGAAGUCACAAGGUUCGGUAUUCAGCUUCAGUGGAAAAUGGAUCAAUUAUAUUUUCUCGUACUGGAGUUGCAUUUUUAUUGAUGGAUGCUAAAGAAUGCUUUAUGUCGGCUGAAGAAAUAUUCCUAGCCAAAAUUGAGAAGUUUAUUAACAUUCACCAAAAUAGCUUGGUUCUGUCUGCUGCCCUCCAUGGACUCGAGGAAUGGAAACUGAUGUUCAGGAUUCAGCAGAGAUUCCUGGGUAGUAACUUACGGAUACUUCCAGUACACAACACAGUAAAUGCUAUUGAUCUUAUGUGCACUAUAGCUAAGAUCACCUCCAAACCAUACAUAGAUAGCAUCUGCUACAGAAUGAUAACAACUAAAGCUUACAUCAUUGAGCAAAGUCCUGUUUGGAAAACACUUCAACAGAUAAAUCUCAGUGACUCAUUUAACCCAAAUUAGAGUAUCAAUUAUAAAUGUACUUUUGGAAGAUUAUUAAAAUUAGACUUGUUGA